AAGAGUAAACGGGUCGGAUUAGCAUUUUUUUCAUCUUUAUUUUUCYAAGUCCAUCUUUAGGAAAUGAUAGAAAUCACGUCACAAAAACAGUUAUUGUUACAUUUCCUACUGAAAUAACYAGCAUCUCAUUAAAAAUUAAAUAAAUAUAAAAUAAAACAAAUGAAGAGGAGCUGGGUACAUGAGGGUCUGCUGUUGUCGCCAAUGCGUCAUGUAGACUGCAGCACUUUAUUUAUUUUAAAGGUCCAAACAAAGAAACUUUGAUGUUGUUCGUGUUUUUGUUAGAUCUCAAACAUCUCACGGGAUGUCUUUCGGUAAAUAAGUGGAUUUUAGGAGAAGAUUAGUUGUUUUUAGUCCGAUCUGAGGCGUUUUGUUUCAUAGGAAAAGGUCGUGUUAAAGCCCCUCCUGCAAAACCAAUUUCAAGUCCGUGUUGUAGGUGUCGCUGUUGACCACGCGUGCAUCUGCAGUGCGAGCGCGUGCGGAGGCAGGAGGCUGCGUCUCAAGGCCAUUUUCAAAUCUCAUUGGUGGGUUUGUCAUGUGGUCUGGAGRCAUCCCGACUUCCAGAUUGUUUUUCCUAGAUAUGUCAGCUUGCAAAAGACAUCUCUCUCCUCUCAAGAACUUCUCCCCCCCUCCUCCAAGGGAGAAAAAAUGUCCUUCCCCAGCAGCUCACCUGCCAACCCGUUCUUAGUGGACUCUUUAAUUGGCGCGUGCAGGACGGACAGUUUUUAUUCCAGCAGCAACAUGUACAUGCCGUCAGGGUCGGAAAUGGGGACCUACGGAACCUGUGGACUCCUGCCGUCUUUCGGCAAAAGCAGAGGGGAAAUCAGCCACCAGAACCCGGCUGUGAACGUCCACCCGUACAUACCUCAGCUGGAGAACUGGUCUGAUCCGGGUCGAGCCUGCAGGACAGACAGUCCGAUGACAAACUGCACAUUUUCACAGAGCAUAAAGGAGGAGAGCAACUGCUGCAUGUACUCGGAGAAGAGGCUCCAAAAGGUCAGCUCGCCCGAGGUCCCCGCCUACCCCAUCGCAGAGCCCUGCUCCGCGGACGGCCCCGAGAUCCCGGUUCCGGGCUACUUCAGACUGAGCCAAACGUACGCGAACGGGAAGCACGCGGAAAGCUACAGCCAGGACGAGCCGCCGAGUCCGAACCCGACGCUCCUGCAGCUCAGCCGGGUCAAACMUCCUCCUCCUCYGCCUCCUCCUCCCCUUCCUCCCGCUUCAAGUUUCCCACCAGAGCCGGAGAACGACGUCCAGGAGCCCGAGCCCGCGCGCACACCGAGCCCGGAUCAGACGCUCCAGCGCYCGGAGGAGAAGAGGAAGAGGAGCUGCUCCGUGGAGGCGCGCGCGUCCAGCCCGGAGCCGCUGCUGCAGAAGGAAGGGAAAGACUGUAAGAGUGACGCUUUACCAAACAACUGGCUGACAGCGAAGAGCGGCCGGAAGAAGCGGUGCCCUUACACCAAGCACCAGACCUUGGAGUUGGAGAAGGAGUUCCUCUUCAACAUGUACCUGACCCGGGAGCGCCGCCUAGAGAUCAGCAGGAGCGUCAACCUGACCGACAGGCAGGUCAAGAUUUGGUUCCAGAACCGCAGGAUGAAACUCAAAAAACUGAACAGAGAGAACCGCAUCAGAGAACUCACGUCAAACCUCACCUUUUCGUGAUCUCGCGUGGUUUCCUGCCUCCUAUUAUUAUUAUUAUUAUUAUUAUUAUUAUUAUUAUUAUUAUU